AUGUUCUUUUUCUUAAAUGCACUUCCGUAUAAAGAUGCGCUUUUGUAUUCCAAACCUAUAGCCAAAUUUUUUGACCUGCUUAUGAAGGAAGGUGUAGUAAAACCAUUUACAUCAGUAACAGCAGAAGAAAAAACCUCAGCAGUCAUAUUGGCGAAACAUCACUGGAAGAAGCAGCAAAGCGCCGAAAUAAAGAGAAACCUAAUGACGGUGCGCGGGGUCUCACAAUUAUUGGUCGCAAGAUUAGAGUUUACGCACUUGCAUUUAAUCCAUAUGCAUGAAUGCUCUCGUGAAGAUCUUGUCGAUCUGGAACCAGCGUACACGAAUACAAGAUUUUUGAUGAAACGAAAGACGUCAAGGGGGGCUCAUCAUCAAUACGCGUCCACCAAAAAAUGCGAAACAGUGGUUGGACGUGUAUUCUAUUUAUCUUAA